CUGGGUAGACGCAUCACUGAUGGUGGGCCUGAUUGCGAACCCAAACGUAGAAUGCAAGAGAACAUGGCACUGAGAGCUGUGAAACUGAGGGAGGAGCUAAGGAGAGGCAAGGCUUCAUACGCGCUGAUGGUUCUGCGCGAUCCGCGUGUGUGCCGCGCGCUGCUUGCGCCAUGUACGACAUUUCGACGCAUUGUUUGGACGAGCGCCGACAAUAUCACAGUUGUGGUUCAGCUUGUCCAAUUAGUUGCUCAACCAGGAAUUCGCCAAGAAUUGGUCAUUUAUAUGCUUGCAACAUAG